AGUACACUCAGGACAGAACCAACAGAGCCGCGGUAGAGUAGCGAGAGCAAAGGUAGUAGCUUUUUGAACUAGUUUUCCUGUUCUCCCCCUCCUUCCACUAAAAGCGAUUCGUCAGGCUGUAUCUUUCGCUAGUGUAAUUUCUGGGAUUGGAAACGUCGGUUUUUCGGCGACGUGCAUGGCGACACGAUCGUACGAUUCGUGAGUCGGCGUCGCUUCAUCCUCGACCUGUGUUUUCCCGGUGAGUGCGCAGUCUGUGGCACACCGGUUUGUGCGGGUCGCCGCGUCCGAUGCGGCGGCGAGUGCUUCGUCACAGCGCCCAGCCCGCGCCCAGCUGAUCCUCGGGAGGGAAGCGGCCGACUCCCAAUGCGGGGAGACCCCCGGCAGCCGUCGUGCGAGCUCCGCUGCGCGGAAAGCCGACCAUGGCAACAACGGCGAGGACCACUGGCCUACUGCUGCUGGAGCGCGGCGCUGCAUUGGGGUCAGGCCCCGUGCUGCUGGCGCGGCGCUCCAUUGCCUACGCCAGCAAGGGUGCCACAGAAAUAAACCCGCAGCCCAAGGAUAAGUCACGCACCGUGCAGUCCUUCUACAACCAGUCGGCCAUCGACGUCGCCGCCGCUAAGCCCUCCGUACGGUUGACGCCAACGACCAUCCUGUACUCGGGCAAGUCUCCCGACGGCAGCCACCUGCUGCGCAGUGCCCAGUACCUGCACAAGGAGCUCCCGGUGAGGAUUGCGCACCGCAUCGCGGGCUUCCGGAACCUGCCCUUCAUCGUGGGCUGCAACCCCACCAUCCUGGCUGUGCACGAACUGUACACCCAGACAUUUUACCUGCUCACCGAGAUCCCUCCGGUGACAGACUUCGAUUCGGAGAGCCGCUACUCGGAGACCGUGCAGCAGGUCUUGGAUGACCACAAGGACGUCGUGACGCAACUUGCGGCCGGCUUCAAGGAGUGCCGCAAGCACAUCAAGCAAGAUGAACUGGUGAAGACUUUCCUUGACCGUACCCUGACAUCGCGCCUGGGGAUGCGGAUGUUGGCUGAACACCACAUAGCCCUGCGCAAGGACAGGCCGCAUCACGUGGGCAUCAUCAACACUGCGAUGAGGCCUAAAGAUGUCAUUGAGAAGUGGGCUGACUUUGUCCGGCAAGUGUCGGUGCACAAGUACGGCAAAGCACCUCCUUUCAAGUACAACGGGCACCUCAACUGCUCCUUCCCCUACAUUCAGAUGCCCUUGGAUUACAUAAUUCCUGAGCUGCUCAAGAACGCUGUGCGAGCAACAGUGGAAAACCACAUGGACAGUCCGGAAUCAAGCCUCCCUCCAGUGACUGUCACCAUUGCAAACAAUGACAUUGACUUCAUCAUCAGGAUAUCAGACCGUGGAGGUGGCAUUUCUCACGAGCACCUGGGCCAGAUAAUGCAGUACCACUUCUCGACGGCUGGCUCCUAUGAGGCACAGUAUGAUGGUGGCCUGCUGGGCACCAUGAUGAACAGCCCCACUGAUGGGCCAGCUGGAGGACCCAUGCAUGGGUUUGGCUUCGGGCUUCCCACGUCUCGUGCUUAUGCCGAGUACCUUGGUGGUACGCUGUCCUUCGAGACGCUCCAGGGCAUCGGCACCGACGUCUACCUGCGCCUGCGCCAUAUCGACGGCAAAUGUGAGAGCUUCCGUAUCUGAGAGCUUCCGUAUCUGAGGGUCUCCUCCAGUGGUGAGCAGGUCGUCAAGAUGGUGCCACCGCCUGCGGCCUUCGUCCAGGGAAUGGCAGCCUCUAGCGGCUCCAUUUACCACUUUUUUCCACACCCUUUUGCUCUGGGACUUUCAUCUCGCGAUUUUCAAGCAGUGUUUUCUUUCGUCCUUAAUCCAAGUGUGGAGCCAACUGCAAAAAAAUUGAGUUUGUGGAAAGUGCUUUCACUCGGCUGCAUGAAGUGGUGUGCUGAGAAGACUGAGCUGGAAGUCGUGGACAAGUGCUGGUGACUUCUAGUCAAGGAGUGUGGUGUGAGGUUCUGUUCCUCGCAUAGACUUGUAGGAGAAUAGUGACUGUUUUCAAAGCCCGCAAAUUUACUCAGCUGGGUGACGAGAGGCCUCGGUGCCUUACAGAACAUGUGCAUAAGAGUGGCUUUCGAUUAGUUUGCUUUUGUUUGCUGGAAAUGUUGGGCUGAUCACUCACUGUACAGUGCAUCAUAGCUGUUUUAUUGUUGAAAAAUAUGUUUACUGCACACAAUCAGACAUGUUUAUAAUGAUUAUUUUUUUUAACCAGGUAGAUCAACUGCUGUGCAAGUGCAGUCAUGUCAAAUUUUGACGAAGAUGAGGGUUUAAAUUUUGAAUAGCAUUAUAUUGUUCAUUAAUGCCACUCAGCCGGCUCCUUGCAGUGUGGGCGUUGGUGGGAGCAUGGUUGGACAAAAGGUGCAGGUACUAUUUCAUUGCUUGUAAAUAAAUGCAAUUUUGUUGCAAUUGCAGUAGUGUUUCCUGAUGCCUCGUAUAUUCUCAUUUAUUUUGUUUUUCUUGUCACUCUGCCUCCACUGUUAGGACACCACUUGAAAUGUGCUGCUUUGAGGAAUGUGAGAAAGAAGCCUUGUUUACCUCUGUUCUUUCGUGUUGUUUGGGUGCAUGAAGGCCUAAAGAGCUUUCAUGCUUUUUUGUGCUGCUAAACUUGAGAGGCCGCUUGUAAACUGCAGUCUGCUAGAAGGUAACUAAUGCAAGCUACACAUUCUUUUGCUGCACAUUUCUUAGCACCACAGAUGUAUCCAUGUACACGCGUCACGCUUUAAUGACGUUUUGAUGAACAGCUAGGAGUUAUGCAGAGGCGUGGCUCUAUCAGUUUUGUGAAGGUUGUAAACACCGUGUGUGUGCACGUGCUCUGUCGCCUCCUACUCGGAUGCGCUGCUGUAACUGUCACAUGUGAUGGCCACAUAGCUAAAUGGCUCAGAUGUGUGCUGCAUGUCGUCGUGGGGUGCUUUGCGAAACGUGCCAUCAACCGCCAGAGCUGGAAAGGUCCCUGCCAUUGGAGCUACAGACAACUGAGGUGGUUGCCAACUUGUUUUGGAUGUUUAUCUCCAUGUGUCAAAAGGUUGCACAAUUGUGUCUCCCCUUUCAUCACUUAUUUCCACCUCACGACUUUCUUGCUGUCUGUCAUUGCAGUUUUUAUUUAGGCUCACUGGGAGGGUCAAUUAGAUCUAGGCCAAUCACCGCUUCAUAACUGAGGAAAAGACCAGUAGCAGGUGUGUUGCCUCUAAUGUUUUACACAAGGGGGCUUAACAGCCUGUGCCAGUUAACUUUGUAAGCGCCUGCCCCACGGUCAUGUGUCACAAAGAUGUCUUUAUGCAGACCACAGAGGCAACACCCUUAUGAUGUUCUGGAGAGUGGCCCUUGUUUGCUCUUCACCCACUCUUGCUUAGUCAACUGUGCUGUGAAGUGGUGCAAGCAUCAAGUUGUCGUUACAUGCUCGGCAGUUAGUUUGACAUUUCGUUUGCCUCUCAGCUACUACAGCUGGAGUACGAAUGAAGCAGACAGCAGCCACACGUAAUGUUUUUCUUUUUUCUUAUCUUGCAUUAUGAUUUUGAGUGUGGCGGCACCUUUCUGGAAAUUUUUGGGGGCCAGAAUUGCACAGGUCAUUAAACUUGUGCAAAUGCUUGUGCAGUGUAGCAACAUGUGGGUGCGAGGCUGAAGAGUGUGGCUUAGGUGAUGCAAUAAAUUGACCUGUUGUUGCUUUUGGUUCA